CUGUCCUGAACUAAGUUUAGUAGGAACGCAUGUGGCUGAAAGUCUUGCGCGUCUUGCUUUACAAUUUCAUGCAGUUUCGCGUCCAUGCAUCCUUAAACGUUCGCUGUAAUGUCCACAUCAACUGGCGAGAAACAAGAAUGCGAUACAAAGACCUCGUGUGGUGGGAUUAUUAUGGAUUCAUUGCCUUUCAACCGGUAUGAAACACAAGAUGACCAGUUGUUUACUCAGCCUAGGCCUGUAGCAAGCAGCUUAUCCAGACUGGCUGAACUGAUCAGUCACUUUCAGUACAAACCCAAACAGCAACAGCCUUCAUCCUCCAUCUGCAAAGACUGCGGCCAGACGUUCCCUAACCUGGACAGUCUUGUGGAUCACCAGGAAAGAGAGCACUCCCUGCAAAAGCUCCACUGCUGUCAGCGAUGUGGCCAAAAGUUUGCUUUGCUCUCCAGUUUACAGCUACACAAGUGCCCCGAUUCGUCUUCCACAUGCCAGGCGUGCAGGGGCGAACCUCAAUGGGGUUGUCCUUGCCCUACCUGUGGGGCUGAACCUCUAGGUGCCUUUUUCUCCGAAGAGCCUUUUUUUGGUAAUGACAACAGCCCUUAUGUGUGCGCCCCAUGUGGACUAGCCUUCGGCCACAAGCAGGACCUGCUGUACCACCAGCAGGCUGGAGAAUGUCAGCCCGCUCCCCUCAACCCAUCCUCUCCAGCUGCUAGUCCGACCGCCUCCUACACCUCCUCGCCUCCGUCUCCCACCUGUACCAGGGUUUCUACUUCCGCAUGCACUUUGUGCCCCCGAACGUUUCGUUCGCCUGCGGGACUCGCCAGCCACAUGCGUAAUUUUCACGAGAAAAAGACGGGGUCCUCAAAAAAGACGGGGUCCUCAAAAAAGUUUCAGUGCCGUUCCUGUGACAAGGUUUUCCCCCAGACGUCCUUACUUUACCUGCAUAGGGAGGAGGAACAUCGACGAGAGAACAUCAUCACGAAACCGCAGAGAAACUCCAGGCGAGAAACCACCAGGCGAAGGCAGAGGGGCGAGACGUAUCCCUGCCUUCACUGCGGAAAAGUCUUCCUGCACCAUUUGACUCGCAGGGCGCAUUUCAAGCACUACAGCGCUCACCAUCAGACCCACCUCGCCCUCAGCAGCAAAACAGCCAAAGCUGGGUUUAAGCCAAAGGCAGCUAAAGGGUCCACAUUACUCAAGGAUGGAAAACCAAAGAGAGGUAGGCCGAGGAAAAUUCAGCCGGUUUUGACGGAAGAGGUGGAAACAGGAGAUCGGCCCCAAGCUGUGCUGAAAGCACAUGAGAAGGUUCCUCAACCAGCAGGCACGUGUAGGUGCUGUAGUGUGUGUACAGGUGGUAUAACUCUCUCUGAGAUACCAGACGUUUGUGAUAAGAAUGUCUUUCACUGUGUGCCCUGUGCGGAGGCUUUCAUAGCCCUAGAGACCUUUUUAGAGCACUGCCAGAAGCAUCUGAUUCGUGAAAGUGAGGAAGAUGAAGAUCUACUCAGCGAUUGAUAAAAGGUCCAUCUACUGCACAGGUGCAUUAAAAUGUUCAAAAUAUCAGGAAUUACAUUAUACUUUGAUAUACUGUGAUGUCCUUAUGUGGGCAGACCUACAGAUAUGUCCUGGGCUUCCUGAAUAACAGCUCUGUCAAUACAUGUCAUAUCAUGCAAAAACACUUCACGCAAGUGCCAGAGAAAUAGAGAAUUUCAACAAAAAUAGUCCAAAAUAGCCAGUUGUAUUUUUUCUGAUACGGGUACCUGUUUAUACCACUUUUACUUGCCACAUGAUCAGGUUUAAUGUUUAUCUAAACAAUGUGUCUAUUGUAUUACUAUAAAGAGAUUUUCUUUCAGACACAUUCUUUUGUCAAACAAUGUUUUUUUACAUGUCGGUUUUCUUACUCAAACCUAAAACCAGGGAAAUGAUAUGUUGCAAGUAGGAUUGCAUAUCUCUGGAUCUGUAAUUUGCUACUGAUAUAUUUCAGCAUUUUUAUUAAACUACCUUUGUUUCAAUCAUUUGUGUAAUUUCUCAUUGUCAGAUGAUUCUAUGCGGUGUUUGCAUUCCAUUCUUCAUGUUAUGCAUAAACUCUUAACACAUUUUGUGAUUUAAGUGUAAAACGAUUUAUGCAUGUUAUCUACAUAAAUAUAUAUUUCAGCCUGUGAGACCAAAUAUUACAGAUAUUAUUCAGAUUUCGCGUCUUCUGGAUUGAAGAUAUGAUUUUUGUGGUUUAGAUCAUUUAGAAAAUUAGAUAUAACGUCUGAUAUCCUGAUAUGACUUAUUUGAAAUAAAAAUGACUCCGUAUUCUGCUGAAAUAUUGGAAUGUGUGCUGUUAAAAGAAUCUGUCGCAAAGAACAAAUAAGUAAUAAUUUCUGCUACGAUUGUAUAUUUUUUAUUUUCUCAACCAAAUAACUUGUCAAUAAGUUUGUAUGUAACGCUUCUGCUGUACUAACAUUUAACCAGCACCAAAUAGACUUCAGGUUCCAAUGUUUGUCAAAAUAUUUAAUUGCACUAAUCUUUUUUGGGAGUAAACAUUGGGCCGGAUUCACUAAACUGUUCUUAAGACAAAAUAUAAGAUUGUUCUUAAGAUAAAGUAUAGGAAGCUCGUAAGAAUUUUCCUUUUUAAGAAGUUCUCAAUUACUUUCUUAAGAACAUCUUCAUUUUUUGCAUAAGAAUAAAAUGACAUAGAGUAUGCUUUGUAAGUCAAUCUUGAGAAAAAAAUUAAGAACUGCCUAAGAACAUUUUUUCGGGAAUACAAAACUUUUUUCUCAAAUUACAGUUAAAGAAGAAAUAUGGUAGUUAAGAAGAAUUUUCUUAAGAAUGUUGUGUGAAUCCGCCCCAUUGUCUUUUAACACUGUACUAAGCUGCUUUAUGGCUUACAUUAUGUUUUUGCCUGCAGCUACCUCCUAUGUGAACUUUGUGUUAUUUCUUGUCAUAUGUACCUCGUGUUACUAACACGUUAUUGCAUAAAUACUGUUUUUGAAUAAAUUUGGUAAAAAGGUCA